GUUUGUUGUAUGACACCAUUUUCGAGUCUGAAAACGACAACGUCGUCGUUCACCGACUCGCCCGGAGUCUUCUCAGCGCCAAUCACCGAAACAUUACACUUCAGCAAGCGGGCACUGCGCAGCGAAAGAGAAACCGAAUCGGUCAUGGAGGACGCUUCGAAGAGAAAGAGAGAACUCGAAGCCGCAGUGCUCGACAAGGUCGGGGAGGUAAUCUCAGCCAUAAAGAACGCCAAGCGUGUCGACCAAGUCAUUUGCGCGCUUCACUCCCUCGCCGUCCUUCUCUUCCCUCUCGACUAUCCCUCUCUUCUCGCAGGUAGUAUUGAUCAGCGGCAUAGAGACCAGGUCCUUAGUGCCACUGUCCCUUCAGAAGAAGAGAGGAAGGAGAGGUGGCAGGCGUUCUACCAAGGUGCGGCCUAUCCAACAUUAGCUCGGGUUCUGUUACAUGAUCUUGCUUCCAAUUGGCUAGCUUGUUUCCCCCUUUCGGCACGUAUACAUGUCUAUGAUGUUUUCUUUGUUAAUGGGCUUGCCACUGAGGUUGUUCAGACUUUGGUUCCUUGUCUACAACAGAAUGCAAGUGAUGGCCAUGAUGUUAACUAUGUCCACUCGAACACUGAAAGAUUACUUGUACUCUGCUUUCUGGAAAAUGAUGGGGUGCUCCAAAUAGCUAGAGAAUUUUGCCACUCAGAAGAUUCUAUAAGUGAACGGGUUAAGCCAGCAGUAUCCAGGAUGGCACAGUUAGUUGCAUCUAUUCCUGAUAAAGCACGAUUGAGAGCCCCAAUUUCACUUUCAUCACAUUUGUUCUUCAAGCAGAUUGCCAUUCAACUUCUUUUGCUAGCAGAAGAAAGGGAUGAGAAUAUAUUAGAUAGAGAAACUUUCUUCAAUAAAAGUGAAAUGGGUGAUGUCUUGCUAUUUGUUGGGGAAACAUUUUCUCGCAUUUGUCGACGUGGAUCUGCAGAUGUGCUUUUAAGUGAAAUAACCCCACGGGUUCUCAGGCAUGUUCGGAGCUUCUUAUCAUCAAAUAUUGAUUCAGUUGUCGCCGAUGUAUUCGAGCCAGAUACUGGUUCCCAGUUUUGGUUGAAGAUGAUUGAAGCAAUCAAAGAUCCCUAUGCUGUGGAAAGAAUGUCUGAGCUACUUCUGCAUCGUUUAGCAGCUGAACAUGCAAGUGAUGUUGAAGCUUACUGGAUUCUUUGGCUAUUGUUUCAUCGAACUUUUAGACAUCAGACAUCAGUGAGGUCCAUGUUUGUUGACAAAUUUUUACUAUGGAAAACAUUUCCUAUCUGUUGCCUGCGAUGGGUCCUUCAAUUUGCUGUUCUUGAAUGCCCACCUGAUGCUAAUUCGCUCACAAAAGGUCCUAAUAGCCGUGGUCUUUUAGACACUCUGCAGCAUCUGCUAGCAGUCUGGUCUAAAAGCGAUUUUGUGCAAUCAGCCUCAAUGGAGCAGCAAACUUAUGUAUCUGCAGCUGUUGGCCUUUCCCUGGAGAAGAUGUCUAAAGAGGAACUGGAUGAAACUAGAGAUGUGAUGCCCUUGAUUCUUCAAGGAGUUAGCUGUAGGUUGGAGAGCCCUCAUCAUUUAGUUCGGAAAAUGGCUAGCAGUGUUGCUUUUGUGUUCUCUAAAGUAAUUGACCCAAAAAAUCCAUUAUACCUUGAUGAUAGCUGCAGUGGUGACAUUAUUGACUGGGAGUUUGGGUUAAAUACCCCUGAAAAAGGGAAUCUGGACACUCUAAAUUGCAAAGAAAAAGAUGUUCAUGAAAGUAAAACAUCAAGCUUGGCGCUAGAAAGAAACUUCAAUUAUGCAGCCAAUAAUGGGAUAAGCAACAAUGUGAAGAGCAAAAACAAGAAAUUAUCUGAAUUUAAGUUUAUUGAUCCAGAUGAGAUCAUUGAUCCAGCAACACUAAACAUUGAACCAGUGUCUGACCAAGAUGAUGAUGAAAAUGCAAGUGUGAAUUCUGAUUCCUCGAGUGACUCAUCUUUACAGCCAUAUGACUUAUCAGAUGAUGACACCGAUUUGAAAAGAAAGAUUUGCCAGUUGGUUGAUGUAGUUGGGGCACUACGGAAAUCUGAUGAUGCUGAUGGGGCGGAGAGGGCUCUUGAUGUAGCUGAAAAGCUUGUGCGAGCAUCACCUGAUGAACUUAGGCAAGUAGCUAGUGAUCUUGCUAGAACUCUCGUACAGGUUCGUUGCUCUGACUUAGCUGUUGAAGGUGAGGAAGAAUCAGCCGAAGACAAGAGGCAGAGAGCGCUGGUUGCCUUGCUUGUCACAUGUCCAUUUGAAUCUCUGGAUACUCUAAACAAACUACUAUAUUCACCAAAUGUAGAUACCAGCCAGCGCAUUAUGAUACUUGACGUCAUGACAGAUGCAGCUCAGGAGCUUGCUAAUGCUAAAACUAUGAAACCUAAACAUCAGACAGGGCCCCUCAUAUCAAGCAUUUCAGAAAGUCAACCGUGGUUCUUGCCUAGUAGCACAGGGCCUUCUGGAGCUGGUUCCUGGAAAGAGAUCUCAGAAACAGGAACUUUACUGAACUGGUCAAGUCGUUAUGAGAGGGAACUUCCCCCAAAACCCAGUCAGAUCAGGAGAGGGAAGACACGUCGAUGGAGCCUAAGAUCAUCAAAUAUAGUAGAAAACCAGAUGCAAUGGUCCCAUAACAAGUUUCCCGUGUAUGCAGCAGCCUUUAUGCUACCCGCCAUGCAGGGCUUUGAUAAGAAAAGGCAUGGUGUUGACUUGCUUGGCAGGGAUUUUAUUGUCCUGGGGAAACUCAUCUAUAUGCUUGGUGUUUGUAUGAAAUGUGCAGUCAUGCACCCAGAAGCAUCUGCAUUGGCUCCCCCUCUUCUAGAUUUGUUAAGAUCCAGGGAGAUAUGCCAUCACAAGGAAGCAUAUGUCAGACGAGCUGCUCUCUUUGCUGCCUCAUGCAUAUUGGUGGCACUUAAUCCUUCUUAUGUGGCAUCUUCCUUGAUGGAAGGAAAUCUUGAGAUUUCUAUAGGGCUUGAAUGGGUUCGCACAUGGGCCCUUCAUGUAGCUGAGUCAGACACAGAUAGAGAGUGCUAUACGAUGGCCGUGACAUGUCUCCAACUCCAUUCUGAGAUGGCCCUCCAAGCUGCCCGAAUGCUAGAAUCAACAGAAACUACUUUCAAGGCGAAGAGCGUUGGUCUCCCUUCCAAUCUGUCCAAGGGGACAAUUAAAAUCCCUCGCUCAAUCAUGGAAUACUAAUUUUGUUGAUAGUACAAUAUAAGUUAUUUUGUAUACAAAUUCUAGGCUCUUUUAACAUUUUAUUUUUGUUGGGGCAUACAUAGGCCUGUUAAAGUAUUGAUUAAAUGAUUAAAUUUACCUCUUUAUAUCA